GACGCGUAUGGUUCUCUCAGCAUCCACGCCACGUGAUUAUCCACUUCCGUCUCUCUUCCUGUGUUGACACACGAAGUCAAACGUCAAGGCUGCUGUACGGGACAUUUAAUUUUAAAUAAAUAACACGUAUUUAACCGGUAUUAAUGAACUCCUAACAAUCAAGGUACGGUAACCUACCGAGAAUGUGUCAUCGGCUUGAAGAUAUUAUGAAGCUGUGCUGUGAGUUAUCUGCUGAUAAGCAGAUCCAGACCACAGUCAAGUGUUCAGGAAAAGGGGCAGCAGCAGCUGGAAGCCUGGCCUUUGCCGGAGGCUUGGUCGGGGGUCCUCUUGGUAUUGCAGUUGGCAGUACUAUUGGAGGCCUUCUUGGCUGUUGGCUGACCAGCGGUCAGUUCAAACCUCUUCCUCAGGUCAUUAUGGAGCUCAGUUCUCAUCAGCAGCAGAAACUAUACGAGGAUCUGGUUGCCAUCCUCGGGGACAUUCAAUGGACCGAUGUGGCACAGCUAACUACUCUUGUCUUAAGCAAUUCUACUCUGAAGCAGCAGCUCACAGCUGCCCUCCUUGGCUUUGUUACGAAGGAGCUCCAAGCAAACGUGCACUAUGUUGAUUAGUAUGGAUAAGUCCGCAGGCUCCACACCCUAACUGCUUGAUAAGGACAUGAUUUUUUGUGUGUGCACGUCCAAAGACUGCUGAAUGGUAUCCACAAACUGCCGAAAACACUGAUAACACAUUUAAGUGUUGUAAAUUGUGCCAUUGCCUUCAUUUAUUUAUUUGAUUUUGAAGCCAGCACAUCACUAGCCAACACCAAAGUCAUCCUUUUGUGAAGUUAGGUUUUGUAUCUGUUUAUUGGGUAUCCUUUACCUGGGAAUACAAAUAUGUUUAAUGACAUUUCUAACAUAAUUUUUACAUAUUUUUCAUAUUUUGUGUCAUUGGCAGCCAGUCUACCAUUCAACUAAUAAUGCACUUCUAUUACCAUUGACCAGUGUAGGGAUAAUUUUGGUCUCAACGAUCAUGUUUAUUAUGAAUCAUUUGACUACUAUUAGUGAACUUGCAUUUAAAUAAAGGGUGAUAUAUUUAUUUGUCAAACUGCACAAUGUGACUUACCAGUAGGUUGAAUUGAAUUACAAAAGGAAGGGGGAAAAAAAUCCUGCAGCAGUGGCAUUUGUUUUGUGAAUGUUCUCAAUGAUCAUGCACACUAAAACUUGGGUUGAUAUUCUUUUAAAGUCUGGAAAGGCAUGUAAAUAAAAUGAUGCACAAAUGAUCAUUCUCCAAGACUGCUAUGAAUAUAGAACCACCAUUUCAUUUCCAUUCAAAUUGUUUUUGGUUUUGCAGGUUUGAUAUAUCCAUCUCAUGGAAACUAAACUUUUAAUAACACAAUAAAACCUUCCUCAGCUGAAAAAUCUAUAUUUUCCACUUUUCGAUUAGAUAGCAUGGCCCGUAACAAUUUAGCAUCUCAUUCACAUUAACCAUUAUGCAUUCUCCGGUGUUGCUAAAUGAGGUAACACAAAUUAUUAAGAUUGGCUCUCAAUACGAUGCAGUGGAGUUAUACACCAAUGUAAACUACAAAUUCAACUCAGUGUUAAAUAGCUCUAUUGAAUAAUGCAAUUU